GAGAGAGAUGCCUUGACUUUUCAUCAGCCCCUGACCCUUCAGCUCCAGUCUUCCGAUAUGAGUGCGUUGCUUUCCAUUGUUUCAGCCCUAGCGUAGGUGUCGUGCUACACUACAUCUAAGUUGUCUAUCCAACGGUAUUGGAAGCCCCCAAAAGACCGUGGGUCCGAUAGCACAACGACCCUCAACUGCAUGGCGGUCAUGCAAGGUCUAAUCGUGAAACACGAUAAUGGUGACAUCCGUGCGAUAAUCGAGCGCACGACCGCGAUUGACGUGCUUUGCUGAGUACAAAAAGAGGAUUUGUCGCUUCAGUGCAAAGGCACGCUGCAAGGAGGCAUCCGCAUCUGGAAUACACCAUGGCGUUCUAUUGUGGUGGCUUUGUUCGACUUGACAACAGAGAAGUCGUUAAUAGACAAGCUGCUUGCUUCAACAGGAGGGCUCUCGCAUGUUCUGUCUGUCUUUGUUAUCACUUCCUGCUUCACCGGUUGCUAGGUCUGUUUGCUAGGCCUGCAACUCCAUACGCUUAUACCCGCGAGCGCGCAACACAACUCAGGACAUACAGACUCAACAACUACGACAUGGCAGCCAGACAUCAACUUCGCGCGCUCACCCAAACCCCUGAGCUCGGUCUUUCUGAUGCAGAAGAUUCGUAUUCUUCCAGCGAAGAGGAGAUGCCAGAACGCGAUGAGACCGAUCACCUGCUGAGACAAGCCCACCAUUACGUUAUCACAGAGGGAGGUAACGAUCCACCUACAACCUACAUGGAACGCAUUCAGCGCAUAAACCAAAGUCUGAUACACGAGAUAUCGAGACAUGGCUACGACUGCGAUUCCAAGCUGUAUCGCCGUGUCAAACAAAAGGUCGACCACGUACUGCGUGAGUUCGAGGAUGCUGUAGACGCAGACUCUAGCGUUUACGACUACGAGGAGAUGCCUGAGUACUACACUGCAGCGACAGAGGGGGCUCUGUACCUUAUGGACUCUAGUCCUCUGACGCCUGACGGCCCACCUGGUCGACGCACAACGAAGCUCAACGGAAAGGACGAUAUAGAGAGGACCUACCGCUACGGUGAUCCUGGAAACCACCCAGAGAACUGGUACAAGAACGCUGCAGAAUCUCUACCGUUUCCAGAAACUAUUCACAUGGCCGACGGGGAGAGCAUGCGGAUUCAUUGGGACUUUGCUACUACAGGUAACGUGGAGAAGAUUGAGCCCGUUAUCUCUAACGGUGUAUCGUUCAACGAUCCUCGCCUUGUCCACCACAACAGUCAGGCUCAGUAUGAGUCUGGGUCACGGUUCAAGCUACCUGCGAUCGACCCGGCGGAUAUGGCGAAGGUCAACGAGUUCGGAACUGUUGAUGAGCUUCACAAGGCUGUUGAUGCGUUCAACCAGAGCGACGACACAACGAAGGAAAACGGAGACUACAAAUACGCCCCACGUGUUUUCCUAGAUCGAUUGGACGUUGGCCAGCAAGACAGUCCUCAGGCUCUAAUCGACGUAGUCCGCAGCGCUGUCAACACUACGCCCACUAGGCCUCGCACAAGUAGCACCGGCAGCAGCAAGAUCAGCUCCGCACCAUCAGCAACUGAGACCUUGUUCAACAAGCAGCAGCAGCAACCUUUGCCAUCCGGACCAGGCGAUGACGCCUCCUCCCAUACCGUCGAGGCUGACCACCACUACGACAACCUCCCUGUCGCCUUCUCCUCACCUUCCAGCAACCCAUCUCCCCCUCAAGCCACUAUUCCUGAACCAUCAUCACGCAACGACCACGACGUCUCCCCGGCAAUCCGGCGCAUCAAAGCCGCCACCGAAGCGUCCAUCCGCUCUUCAUCCCUCCCACCAAGCCCACCCGCACAACCCGAGGCAGCUACCCAGGUAGCUACCCAUGUCUCAAUCUCUGCAAAGAGGCCCCGCGGCCGCCCACGCAAGCACCCACUUCCCGAAGCUACGGAGCUAACAGUGCCGGCGUACCAGACGACUGCAACGAGGAAGCGCAAGCAUCUGAGCAUAGAUGCGACUGUUGAGGCACAGGCCGAGGAGAGAGUUAAGAUAGUUGAGGAGGUGCCGGCGAAGCGCAAGAAGAUUACUCAGACCUACGGAUGGUACAAGAGCAACAGCGAGCUUCGUCGGGAGCCUAGUCAAACUAGACCCUGCACACCCACCACCGCCACAGAGCCAGAGACUCUGCACACGCCGGCCAUGACCCUUGCGGAGACGCCUGCUCUAACGCCCGCUUCGUCGGCGGUGUCGACGCCGCCUGUGGCUAAGGCGAGGACUGCUGGGAAGCAGAGGAAGGUUAGAACGAAGAGGGGCUCUGAGGAGCGCGUUAGCCCAGAAAGGUCCGCUGAGAUCAUGACGGAGAGGAGUAGGGGCGGUGCUGCGGUGGGGCACGAAAGUAUUCAGCGACGAAGUACGAGGAGCGUUAAGCUUCGCGCGACAUAG